UAUCUUUAUCUCUCUCCACCACUCUCAACUCUCACAACACUCGACGAAACCCUAAACUCGUUGCAACUUCACUCACUCUCAGUUCAGAUCUUCGUCUCUCUCUGUCUCUGCUUCACCUCACUGUUCAUUGCUUCUGAUAAAAUCACCACACGCAACCAUGUCUGCAGGUCUCGAUAUGACCCUCGACGACCUCAUCAAAACCAACAAAAAAUCCGGAUCCGGAAACUUCAGGGGCCGCUCCGGACCCGGACCCGCUCGCCGCAUCCCCAACCGCUCCGGCAACCGCACCGCGCCAUACGCCGCCACCGCUAAGGCGCCGGAGACCGCGUGGCAGCACGAUUUGUAUGGAGAUCAGGCUUUGCCGCCGUACCCUGUGGCUCACGAUGCUCGUGCACCGCCUUCCUUAGAAACUGGGACCAAGCUCCUCAUAUCUAAUUUGGAUUAUGGUGUUUCCAAUGAUGAUAUUAAGGAAUUGUUUGGUGAAGUUGGUGACUUGAAACGACAUGGCGUUGAUUAUGACAGGAGUGGCAGAUCAAAGGGUUCUGCAGUAGUAGUCUUCUCACGACGAGCUGAUGCUAUAGCUGCUGUGAAGAGGUACAACAAUGUUCAACUAGAUGGGAAACCAAUGAAAGUAGAGAUUGUGGGAGCAAACAUUUCUUCACCUAGUGUGCCCCCUGCUUUAAGUGGAGCUUUUGGGAACAGGAUUGGAGUUCCUCAAAGACAAGGAAGAGGAGGGGCAUUACGAAGGCCAGGAGGUAGAGGGCAAGGCAUUCGAGGGAAUCGGGGACGUGGAAGAGGCCGCGGUGGAGGUCGUGAUGAAAAGGUUUCUGCAGAAGAUCUUGAUGCUGAUUUGGAGAAGUAUCAUGCAGAGUCAAUGCAAUUGAACUAAAGAAAUUAUCCAUGUUUCCAUUAUUUUCAUGCUUUUACAUCUAUGGGUAUUAUGGCAUGAUGGUGGACCACCAUGUGUUUAUGUAUCUGUCGCAGCCCUCCGUUUUGGGGAGAGGAAGGGAUUACUUCGUGAGUGAAAACUGUUAUUGAUGUGUGGGAUAUGGGCUUCUGUUUAAUAUUCGUUUUCCCUGGGUAUGAACUAUAGAUUAUGAAACAGAAAUUCGCUUGUAAUAUGCACUCAAACUUGCUUUCAUUUGCUUUAAUUGUUUGUUUUAUCAACAAGUGGAUAAAGGAAGUGGGAACCAUGAUCUGUAUAUCACUAUGCAAAGAAAUGUCUGGCUGCACAAUGUGGGAGGCCUCGGAUUUCACCCACAGCUGCUUUUUUCAAUUAAGCCUGUACAGUGGAAACUUCAGAUGAAGGUAGAUUCCCAGCCUCUUCUCCCCCUCGUCUCACCCCAAAAGAUAAUGUAUGUGAAAUUGUUAUUAUUAAUCUGACAUUUCCCUUUGCUAUGAUUUUCUUGUUUAAUGUAAUCUAGAAUAAGCUGUUUUCUUAGAGAUGUUCGUUCUUGUUAUGGAUAAGCACCAUAUCUCCUGACUCUGGCAA